UGCAAACUUCGCGCCAGUGUGACCUGAAACAAAAUAUACAUACGCAUUUAGGUAGUUUGAUUUGUUGAACAUAUUGUGUGUGUUUUUACCGGAUAUAUUGUGCAUUUAUUGAUCUAAAUCAUACUGGAAUCUAACUGGAUUCACCGAAAAGCCAUUUUCUGUGAAAUUACGGUCCGUUUCAUCCAACCGACGCCGGUUGUCGCCAGCCACAAUGGAUGUGGAACGCAUUGCGUCCGAUUCUGAAAACGUGGCGGUGGAUGAAAAUGAAAAAUCUAUCGCUGAAGUAGGCGCUGGUGAUGCGGUUGCGGCGUCUCAUUCUGGGAAGUUGCGUCGUAAAAGCAAGAAAUUUUUGCGUACGAACAGCAAGGAAGGAGCGAAUGCGGUUGCCCAUCCAUUGCCGAAGUUUCGCAGCUGGAAGAACAGCCGCAGGCCACGCAACGGCCAUGGCAGGGGAUUGCCGAAGAAAGGUGGCGCUGGUGGUAAGGGUGUCUGGGGAGCCCCGGGCUCCGAAAUGUUGGAUGAGUACGAGGAAGACGCCAACGACCCCAACUACGACUCGGAAGCUGUCACCAACGGUGACGUGAUCUUCAAGGAGUUCAUCGUGGAAGCUGACCCCGAAGAAGUUGUGCGCAAAUGCGAGCCAGUGAUACUGGAGUACUUCGAGCACGGCGACACCAACGAAGCUGCCGAGGACUUUUUGGAGUUCGUCACGCCCAACCGGACCCAUCUGGUGGUGGAAACAAUAGUGGAAGUUGCAUUAGACCACAAGCCGUCGCAUUGCGAGAUGGCGUCAGUCCUCAUAUCCGAUCUGUAUGGGAGAGUGUGCUCGGCUAAGGACAUUGCGUAUGCGUUUGAACGUUUGCUGGAGCGACUCGCUGACCUGCAGCUGGAUACUCCCGACGCGCCGGUGAUGCUAUCCAACUUCAUAGCGCGCUGCGUCGCCGACGACUGUCUGCCACCCAGCUUCGUGACCGGUGCAAGCGAUCGCCAACACUUGUCGCCGCUUGCCAGUCAGUCGCUGAGCCGGGCCGACACACUGCUGUCCAUGAAGCAAGGCAUGGUGAGACUGGAUAACAUCUGGGGAGUGGGCGGCGGCAUCAGGCCAGUGAAGUCCCUGAUACGUCAGAUACAGCUACUGCUCAAGGAGUACCUGACAUCCGGAGAUUUGGCUGAAGCCAUGAGGUGCAUGAAGGAGCUCGAAGUGCCGCACUUCCACCACGAGCUGGUAUAUGAGACGGUACUCCUAGCACUCGAGGCAAUCAACACAGGAGUGGAGGAACAGCUGUCCACAUUCCUCGCGGAGCUGAGGCGCUGUGUGCUUCUCACUCCGGAUCAGAUGGACAGGGGUUUCCUUCGGGUGCUUGAAGACAUGUCGGACAUAGUCCUGGAUGUACCGCUCGCAUACAUAAUGUUGGAUCGAUUCGUCGAACGCUGCCAGCAGAAGUUCCGAUUGGGCGACCAUGUCCUCAAGAGAAUGCCGACACGGGGCCGUAAGCGUUUCGUGUCAGAAGGAGACGGCGGUAUCAUCAAGGAUCACGCGCUCAAGUUGCGCGAGUAGACGGGCCGCGGAACACGCACAGACAGACAGACGCCACGCGAACAAAUGCCAUCGUAAGGGAACGCGCAAUUUGAACCGUCUUUCGAAGCGAGAACUGCUUAUUGUUUAAUUAUUUGUUAUACUGUUUCGUUAUUCCGCAAAGGUACAGGCGUCUUCUUUAACGUAUAAAGAAUAAUGAUCUCCUAUGAAUUUUGUAUGUUUAAAUAAAUAUAUAUAAAUUAUUAAAUGUAUGUAAAAACUUACAAAUGCAUGCGAAACGUUUGUGUUGCUUUUGUUUUCUAAUAAGUUUUUAUUUGUGGAUAAAUAAUCUGUGGACAGUCGAAGAAUUGCGCAUUAGUCUGUGGCGUGUUUUGGCGGGAAAUCGUUUUUUAUCUGUGGCUGUUUGACAGGUUGCUUUCUUUUCAUAUUAGUGAGGCAAUGGAGUCACUUCAGACAGCCACGGAGUUUUUUCAUAUACUAUAUUAGAUAUAUAUUUAAGUUUUGAAUGUAAUCAAUGGGCGAUAGUUAUUUUUGCAGUAGCGUUUAGGAUUAGGUGUUGAAAUUAAUGGUGUUCUGUGUCGUGGAUAAAUGUUUUUUUUUUCUAAAUUACUUUAGUGUCUGAGUACAAACGUAUUAUUUUCGCCAUAUGAAAUUUGAAGUUAAUUUUAAAUGUUAGAUUAUAAUGAAAAAAAUAUCAGUCUUUUAGUAAUAGUCGGCUUGGAAAAAAAUGUAUCGCAAAUGAGCUCUCAUUGAUAUUUUUAAAUAAAUAAAUGUUGUUAAUUACGUUCAAAUAGAUGAAAUUGUGAUAAAUUUUCGUGUGAUAAAUAUAUUGUAAAGUAAAAUAUCGGAAUAGACUGUAUUUCCUCUAAAACUUGUAAGUGUUGCACGAUAACUGACAAAAUUGACAGUUUUUCAAGAUGGCGUAUUUGUAUUGUCCAUCCUUGCUAGUUUCUCUAGAUCACUCGUGUUCAUUGCAUGAAAUGUUUUCUGUCUUCGAAGAAACUCAUUACUCGAUAUAUUUUCUAUGAUACAAAUCAUUUUUUCAUGUAUGAACUAUAUUAUAUUAAAUAUAUCGUUUUGCACUUAUAAUAGUACAGGCUAUGCCUAAUUUGGGGCAAGACAAUUUGUGUUAAAGUGUGCUAAUUUUGUUAUUUUAAGGUUCGAUGAUUUUCUUACGUCUCUCUGAAAUUUUGGCGCCGUUGCGGACGUCUCGAUUUCGUGUGCCUGAUAGCGUGUCGACAGAUAUCUAACUAUGCUUUACAAAUUAUAAAAGUCCUUACAAAUAAAAUUGGUAUAUAUUUAUACCUGAGAAUAAACCAAGAAAAUGCAAAAUAUUUACAAAUAAACAUUUUGCUUAUGAUUGGUUUAUUCGGGCGUAUAACGUUUCCCGCGUUUAUUUGCAAGGCUGCCCGACAUUCGGAAUCUUCAGAAUUAUCGUUGUAUUGACAGUGUUGUCAACGAUAUAUUCAACAUUUCUCAUAUUCUUGGUUUAUUCUCAGGUAUAAGUUUGUGCCAAGUUUAUUUGUAAGGCCGUAUAAUUACUGUAAGUUCACGUUUAUCCUCGACACAGAACUUGUGAGACUGAGUGAGAACUAGAGAAGGUCUAAAAUAUCUCUCUAAUAGCAAUAAUAGUUUGCGGUAAGUUUAUAAAUUAUAUUGUACCAUUACCAACUGUACAACUCUUUGUAAGUAAAUAUAAUACUGAUGUCCUUUUGCCGCCAAAAAUCAGAUGAAAGGUUCCGUUUGUUUGCCGUGGAUCAAUAAAAAAUACAUGUGUGCGAUUAACACAAUGUCAUGGUAGAAGUGAAACCUUCAAAAUUUUGGCUUCAAGAUAAUUAGACGAAUGUAAAAUUUCGCGAUGAGAAUAAUUAUACGUUUUAGUAAUGAUCAUAGUGAUCCAAAGUUUGAUAAUUAUUUUACAUUUUAUUCGUAUAUAUUACAUAGAUUUAUUUAGAAACAGAGAUUACAUUUUCGAUAAAUGAUACAAGAGAGACUUAUGGUAUUAAAAGUAUGAAAUAAAUAAUUUGGUCGUAAUACGGUCAAUAUAUCUUUGGAAUACUGCGUCAAAUACAGUUUUUGAUCUUGUUGUUGAUACAGUGCGACUGAUGCACAUAUUCAAAUUUAAUUUGGCGUCCAAAAAUAUAUCCGAUGCAAAAUUUACAUUAAACCUCUAAACUCAUAUGAAGUCCUGGUACAUGUUGCUAGGAUGACACAUGAUUUCAACCGCUAUGAAAGACUACUAUCACCGCUGCCAUAUUUAUUUUCUCCUAGUGUUUAUGUAGUAAUACUUCAAGCGCUUGACGUUAGAAUAUAUUAUCUUAUACUCGCGCCAUACAUAAGAAUCUCUUCUUCAACUAUGAUCGCCUGGUACCAAAACAUUGUAUAGUGCUUCCUAUCUGAUUCUCUCGCCGGCUGAAUAUUAUACAUUUACCUGUUUGUGUCUCUUAUCGUCUCGCAUUUUCGUUUCAUCAAGUUUCAAAUCGUAACGAUUCUAAAGAAGUUUCACUUCAAAAAAGUUGCGUUAUGCAAGCGUUUUAUUGUAUUUCGGUUUGAAACGCGGCGUAUCUAGUGAAAUUACUGGGCAAAUGAGACUUAAUAUCUUAUGUCUCAUAUUGACCUUUAGCCCUAUUCUCGUAAAACCCGAAUAGAAUCGCAGCGGCCUUAUGUGAAAAAUAAAAUUUCGUAUUCUUGUGGCACUAAUUGACGGUUCAGUUCCGAUUAUCAUUAAGUUACUUUCAACAAGAUCGAACGUUGAUUGUUGGGAGAUGAUGCAUAUUUUUGAGGUUUGGUUGAGUCGUAGAUAACCCUUUAAAUAGUCGUAGAAAUAUUUUAGAUUUGGUUAAACAUCAUUGGUAACUUCGUGCGAGUCGUUUAAAUGUAGGUGACGCGCGGCUCCAUUUUCCCGACUUAGUUACGUCUAAUAAAAAUACUGUCAUACCAGAUGAUUGUACUUUAGAAAUACAAACGAAAAAUAAUCGACAGAGGGCGCUCAGGUAAAAUUUGGAGUUUGAUAUUGUAGUAAUAGUGUUUUUAAAAAAAUAAAAAGAGUUAAAACUAUAUGAACAAUUAUGGUUAAAAAAAAAGUAUAUCAGAUGGCUAUAAUUUGGUGAAAGUUAUUUUAGUUUGCAAAAUAUAAAAAGCGUUAUAACUAUGUUAUAUAAAAUGUGUAUAAAAGAUUAUAUAAAAAAGUGUGAAUUGGUAAUUCGCCAUUUAUUGUUGUUGCCAUACUCUCGGUACUGAACACUAAUAAUAAGUGGCAAGUGACCGUACAUUUUAUGAUGCACUUUCGGAAUUAAAACAUAUUAAAUAAUUAUUAUAAUUGUUUAAAAAUACCUAUGUCUAUUUAUUCCAUUUCCUGUGACCAAGUGAUAAGAAUAAAUAUUGAAUCACUCAAAUCUGCUGAAGCAAAAAAGUUACUCAAUCUAGAGCGGUCAAAAUAAAUUGUCCUUAUAAUGUUUUAGAAAUGUAAACUUUUAGCACACUCAGAUGUUAUAUUUACUUAGAAAGAGUUCGUUAGCCGGGCAAUGACUAUUUUAAAAUACACAACACACAGAAAUAUUGCAAUGCAUAGUAAUAACAUAACGUAUUAUAAAUGCAAAGCGUAACUAAACACAGCCUCUGAGACACCAAAUUUGAAGCGUAGAACGUACCGGGGUGUUCCAUUACAAAUCUGUACUUGACUUUUAUUUAACUAUGCUGUAAAUAGCAGUGCAUUAACAUCUUAUAACAAGUUCAAGACUAGAUGCGCACUGUCUGCAAGCGUACUGGUGCGUUCCAUUGCAAAUCGGUACUCACCUUCGUCUCAUUACUUGGUGAAAUUUAUCAUCAAAUUAGUACUUUUUUUUUAAAUAUGCUGUAAAUUGCAGUGCGUUAAUAACAUAAAAAGUUAUUUGGAAAACCCUUGAAUAUAGACUAGAUAUCAAGACAGUUUUGUAUGUACUAAGCGUUGACCAACUAAUUGUGUUUAUUACACGUAUGGCAUUACUCUAACAGGCAAUAUUACGAUAUGGCAUUAUAUUUUUGUUUGUUUGGAAAAAAGAGAAAAACCUCCAAAAAGCAAGGAGUGCAAUGCAAAUGAAAUAAAAUGAGAAGAAAUACAACUCUAAUAUUACUAAAAAAAAUCCCAGAUGAAUGGUUAAUACUAAAGCGAUCAAGAAAACACAUAGUAUGACUUUUCUUUGGAUAUUAGGGAUAUUACUAGGGAUGUAAUGACUCUAAUGAUGAUAUCUGUCAGCGGUUUUUAUUUAACCCUCAAUUUUUUAUGCUGACGGUACUUAUUGUAUAUUUUUGUGUAGUGUGGAACAAUAAUUAUCAACUGGAAGUCAUGGACACUGCGUUAUUAUGCUAUGUUUUCAAAUUAAAUGCAUUUAAUUUUUAA